CCUCCACUUUCAUUUUCUACACAGUUCACUCUGCGCUCCUCCCAUGAAACACACACACGCACAUUUAUUUGGUGAGAUCCCACAGUGAAGCUGAUUCUCCAGCCCGAGGAGGAGGAAGAAGAGGAGCCCAGACUGUGACAGCCCGGCCUCUCAACAACACGCUCCAAUCUGCCGCUGCAGCAGUAGUCGGCGAGCUGAGCCAGGAGCGAACCGGUAGCUGUCUCUCUCUCAGUGUGUUUGUCAGUGUGCGAGACCCAGGACACCGAGGCGAGGGGGAGAGCUCAUUCCACAACACAGCACUCAGUCCUCCAUGGCUCUGUGCAACGGAGACAGCAAGCUGGAGAUCAGCAGCACAGAACAAAAUGGGUCAUGCGAGGGGGCGGUGGCGAUCCUGGAUGCCGGGGCCCAGUAUGGCAAGGUGAUCGACAGGCGGGUGCGAGAGCUGUGUGUACGCUCUGAGAUCCUCCCUCUAGAGACCCCGGCCUUUGCUCUCAGAGAACAGGGAUACAGGGCAAUUAUUAUUUCAGGAGGUCCAGCCUCUGUAUAUGCAGAAGAUGCCCCCUGGUUUGACCCAGCCAUAUUCACCAUUGGGAAGCCUGUCCUUGGGAUUUGCUAUGGGAUGCAGAUGAUGAAUAAAGUGUUUGGUGGAACAGUACACAAAAAGAGUGUACGGGAAGAUGGCGUGUUCAGUAUUGGAUUGGACAACACUUGUUCUCUCUUCAGAGGCCUUCAGAAGGAGGAACUGGUCCUGCUUACCCAUGGAGACAGUGUGGAUAAAGUGGCUGAUGGCUUUAAAGUGGUGUCCCAAUCUGGGAACAUCAUUGCUGGGAUCGCUAACGAACAGAAGAAGCUGUACGGGACCCAGUUUCACCCCGAGGUCGACUUGACAGAGCGAGGCACUGAGAUGCUGCGCAACUUCCUCUUUGAGAUUGCGGGAUGCACAAGUACCUUCACUGUACAGAACCGCCAGCAGACGUGCAUCAAUGAAAUCCAAGAAAAAGUUGGGAAAUCUAAAGUGCUGGUGCUUCUGAGUGGCGGAGUGGACUCCACAGUGUGCACAGCCCUCCUCAACAAAGCUCUGAACCCGGACCAGGUGAUCGCGGUUCACAUUGACAAUGGCUUCAUGAGGAAGAGGGAGAGUCAGAGUGUGGAGGAGGCCCUCACCAAGCUGGGUAUCAAACUUAAAGUGGUGAACGCAGCUCACACCUUCUACAAUGGAACGACAACCCUUCCCAUCUCUGACGAGGACAGGACGCCACGGAAACGCAUCAGCAAGACCCUGAACAUGACCACCAACCCUGAGGAGAAGAGGAAAAUUAUUGGAGACACAUUUGUCAAAGUGGCGAAUGAAGUGAUAGGAGAGAUGAAUCUGAAGCCAGAGGAGGUUUUCCUGGCCCAGGGUACCUUGAGGCCCGAUCUUAUCGAGAGCGCCUCUCCUCUCGCCAGUGGCAAGGCGGAGGUCAUCAAAACGCACCACAACGACACCGAGCUCAUCCGCAAACUCAGAGAUGAGGGAAAAGUUAUCGAACCGUUGAAAGAUUUCCACAAAGAUGAGGUCAGAGCGCUGGGGAGGGAGCUGGGCUUACCAGAAGAGAUUGUCUCCAGACACCCUUUCCCUGGUCCUGGUUUGUCCAUCAGAGUGAUUUGUGCAGAGGAACCAUACGUCUGUAAGGAUUUUGCUGAAACAAACAACAUCCUCAAGAUCAUCACAGACUUCUCUGCCAGUAUCAAAAAGCCCCACACUCUGCUGCAGAGAGUCAAGUCGUGCAUAUCAGACGAGGAAGAGGAGAAGCUCAUGCAGAUCACCAGCCUUCAUUCACUCAAUGCCUUCCUGCUGCCCAUCAAGACUGUCGGCGUCCAGGGGGAUUGCCGAUCCUACAGUUACGUGUGCGGUAUCACAAGUAAAGAAUCUCCACACUGGGAAUCUCUUAUGUUCCUUUCCAGACUCAUCCCUCGCAUGUGCCAUAGCAUCAAUAGAGUUGUGUAUGUAUUUGGGGCCCACGUGAAGGAGCCUCCAACAGACAUUACUCCAACCUUCCUGACCACAGGCGUUCUGAGCACGCUCCGACAGGCUGACUUUGUAGCUCACUCUAUUCUUAGAGAGUCUGGCUUCUCCGGUAAAAUCAGCCAGAUGCCAGUCAUCCUAACCCCCCUGCACUUUGACCGUGACCCACUGCAAAAGCAGCCGUCCUGCCGGCGCUCUGUGGUGGUCCGCACUUUCAUCACCAGCGACUUCAUGACUGGCAUCCCCGCUAUGCCGGGCAACCAAAUCCCAGAGGAGGUGGUGCUGAAGAUGGUCAAUGAGAUCAAGAAGAUCCCAGGCAUCUCCAGAGUCAUGUAUGAUCUGACUUCCAAACCACCGGGCACCACAGAGUGGGAGUAAAACACCAAGCGACGUCACACCGACAGGACACGCACUCACACACGAUGCACAAAACACACUCAACAGAUAUCAGAGAGGGCUGGUGAACUCCCCCUUUUCUUCUGUCCUUCCUCCCUUCCAACCUUUUUCCCACCUCCCCACCCCUCACCCCUCUCCCCUUCCCCCUCCUCUCUUUAACAUUCCCACGGAAGGCAGACUGUACUGUGACGGGUGCACGCGCAAAGGUGCUCCCGCUCUGCUCUCCCCACCACUCCUCCCUGGUCUUAAUAUUUUUUGGCGAUAGGGAUUGAUUUAUGUCGGUUAUUGAUAAUGUAUUUUUUUGGUACAUGUUUUUCCUCUCUAUGACAAAAAGAUAAAAUUGCUGCUUCCUUUUUGGAGGUAAAGCCAUCAAAGGCGAGCGGCGAGAAGCUGUGAAAGUCCAGGACGUGGACUUUAUGUUGUGCCUCAGGUUACGGGAUGAGCUUGACAUGAAAUAAGCAAAACCAUAGUGUGACGAAAAGAGAAAGUAAAACAGUGGAGGGAGGACUUGCAACUCUUCAGUAAUUGUUUUCUGCCUUUUCUUUUUUGGUGGUAUGUUUUCUGUUGUAUUACCGUAGGUCAGAAUGUUCUCCGCCUAAAGACUAUCCUGUCUAUUUGUUCGUUAUCACUCUCUGCCUGUAUACUGUGCUCUGAAGAAGGUCGUCUGAGCGGACAUUAACCUGCACAGACGACCCCGAAUGACCAAUCAACAGUUUUUAAGCUUUUUGUUUUGCCAAAAGUAGAAUAUGCCGUGGUGAUGUAUAACAUUGUGGGCUACUCGGGCGACGACGCUGUACCUGCUAGGGUCAGCCGUCAAUAAGAAGAGCUUCAGUAUGAUGACUGGUGUGCAGCUGUGCAGGAGGCCAAUAUGAUGGGUAAUGUUUAUUGUGCCUGUUCUAUUGUUUUUGUUUUUUGCUUUGUUGGUUGUUUUCUUUGGUGUAACCCGACAUGGACUAUUGCCGUUUCCAGAAAGAGGAUAUAACACUGUUCCUCCUCAUGCUGCAAUAUGUAUGCUUUUUCUGAAGACUAAAAACGACAAAUAACAAAAUUAUAAUUACAUUAGAGUUUAUAAGCACAUGUGUAAAUUGCUUUUCAUCAUUAUUUGGUUGCCCUUUGUUGUGCAGGGGCAUAUUUUUCACAUCCCUUCCUUUUCUUUAUUCACCCAUAAUUCCUCUGUGCUUGAUCAGCACAACAGCAUAAAACAUCCGGUGGGAACUUAACCGAAGGUGUGUGUCACUGUGUCGUGUCAAAGGUCAGGUUAAGAGCUCAGUCUGUGGCCAUCUCUAGCAUUAGGGUUCACUGUGUCUCAGAAUGGCAUUAUCAUGUCAUGUAAUUUCUGUUCUGUACAGCAUCUUAAUCUCUAUUAUUGUCAUUUAGACCUCAGUGAAUUCAGUGCUCAGGUUUAACUGAGUUUUAAAAAGUGUACCCACCCCCCUGUUAGAGGCAUUUCACUCACUGGUCCUCUCGCCUCCAGCUGUUUGUUCGUGCCUCUCCCUCUCUGUUAUAUCCUCAUCCCUCCCAUUUUAGUGGCAAAAUACUCCUAAUUCAAAAAUAAAUGGUUUUCCUCUAACUUGUCUUAACUGCUAUUAGUAUUUUCCCUCAUUUCUGCCUUUUUUAUGUGUUUCAGUUGCAUACGUCUCCAUAGAAAACAGCUUGAUAAUAACGGACAUAGUAUUUUGUAGUUGGAUUUAACUGCAGUAUUGAUAAAAUUAAGUUAUGCAACUAUAUGUCUGUUUUUUUUGUUUUUAUUUUCGUUCAACAAUGCUCGUUCUCCUUAGUAAUGUGCCUCAAACCAAGCCACUGCAUGCAGUUUCAACUAUGACGACAUUUGUACAAUGGAAAACUGAGCUUUAAUAAAGAUCUCCAUGUUGAAACUUCUCA